GGUCAAAAUAAAAACUAGCUCAGUCGAGACAAAAACGUAUGUGUCAGUGUAGUAGAUUAACGUAUAGAAAAACUGCAACACAACUUAAGUGAGAUUGCCAUUCAAUAUGUUCGCCAACAAAUUGUUGACCUGCUCGGCAUUACUAAUAAUGUUAUUUUUACUAAGCAGUACAGUGUUCUCUCAAAAGCUUAUUGGCUUGCCGAGAGUCGGUAAAAAUGUUAGUGAUUUGUUUCUGGAACAAGCAAACCCACUGACCAGCAGCUCCUCAACAAUCUCAACGUCUUCGACAACAACUGAGAAACCUAUCACAACCAGAUCAACUUCUACAAUAACUCCGAGAUCUACCACACCUUCAACGGAAUCACCAUCGACCACCGCACCAGUGAUAAGCACGACCAUUGCCCCGCAACCAUAUCCGCAACCAUCCAUUGGGGCUUGGAAUACCUCUUGUAUUAUGCUUCAAAUGGCGGCACAACUUAAUUUUACCUAUGAGGCUAGGGAGGGAAACUUUACCACCGGUCUGUACAACAUCCCCAGCAACGCAUCUGUUGAAGAUGCAGAAUGUAAAAGCCAGACUACUCAGUUUAUUCAUCUGAUUUGGGGACCAGAAACAUCAAAGCAAUCAUUAAUUAUGUAUUUUAAUAAAAGUAAUGACACCACUGUGCUUUCCUUUAUGCAAAUUCAUCUGGCUUUGCUGCCUGAGGAUUUUCCAGAUGCAAAGGAAAAUCAAACGGUUCAGCUUAUUACCAGGAGCGACGGAGCGUUUAAGACACCAGAAAAUAUGUCGUAUCACUGCACUCGUGUUCAGAAGAUAAAUAUGACUGAGACACUCGAUGCUGAGCAGUUAAUUGGUUGGAUCAGCGUCAGUCAUGUUCAGGUGGAGGCUUUCCGGAGGGCCAACGACACUGGUUUCUCAGUUGGACACGAUUGCGAUAGCUCGGAAACUUCGGAUGUGGUUCCCAUUGCCGUUGGAAUUGCUUUAGCUGCAUUAAUUUUGGUGGUAUUAAUAUCAUAUCUGUGUGCUAGGCGUCGUUCCACCUCCCGCGGUUACAUGAGCUUCUAAUAGAAGGACAUCAGCUUAAUUGGGCAGGUUGCGAAUCAAAGGAGUAUGGACAGCAAAUUGUUAGAGAGAAAUUUAAGAUUGAUUUUUAUUAUUGGAAGCCAAAAUUGAUUAGUUGAAGUUGAAUUAGUUUUUUUUUCAAGAGGGUCAUCGAAAUCAUCAAGCGCAAUUGGGUUUAGAAUAAUAAAACGGUUCUUUAAAAACUUUUUUACGUCUCUGUCUUUGUAAGUGUCCGAUAUUGGUUCUUGUAUGCUGAUAUUUGUGUUUUAUUUAAUUGGUUUGAGCAAUGUAAAUGUAAAAUAAAAAAAAAAUUUCUAAAUAAAUUAAUCUCUAUAAUGUAGCUACCGUGUUAACCCUAAAAAGGUGGUGUCAGAGAGGACAUUUCUAUUGUUAAGGCAAAAACCUGUACGCAAUACCAACAAGUAUACAUUCUAUUCAAAUGUUAUAUUUUUUAAACAUUAUUAUUGGGGCAUAUAAAUGUGUGUAUUCCUGACCUUAACUGUAAUAAAUAAUAUUUAAAACC